AUGGGUGUGUUGGACAAGCUUACUAUUGCCGUUGUUGGUACCCAUCCCCAUGAUGCUAAACAGAUCAAAGCCUGGAUCGAGCGAAACGACGGCAAAUACUCUGCGAAGAUCAACAAGAGCGUCACCCACCUCAUCGCCAGUAAAGAGGCAUACAAGAAACCCGCCGACGCUGUACAACAAGCCACCGACCUCAACAUCCACGUAGUCAGCUAUGACUGGUUUGACGACUCGUUGCAAGCAAAGAAGAAGCUCGGUACUAGGAAGUACACAUGGGAAGUACUUAUGAAAGAGAGGAGGAAGAAGAAAGAGCUGAAGAGGAUAGGUACUCUGGCGGAUGGCAGUAAGUUCAGGAAAGGUUGUGAGAACAUCGAAGGGUUGACUGGAUCAGGUACGUCGAAAACAUCUCCCGUUGUUACGAGAAAGCCGAGAAAGAGCAAGAGUUUCUUCUUUGCGACGUCUGCCCCGGCUGUUGCGCCCAUCCCUUUUGUUUCUGCAAAGGAAGACCUCUUGCGUAGGAGGGCGGAGAGAGCAGCUGCAUUGGCUGAGGGUGCUGGAACUGGAGCUUGUGAGGGCCGAGCAAAGAACUCUAUUGAAGUCAUGGAUGACACUCCAAGCCCGGCCAGCCACUCUCCAAAGCCCGUCGCUGUUAUCCAGACACCUCUCAAGAAAUCCAAGCCCCCUUCUACUUCCAAGAAAGUCCAACAAGCUAAGAUCUCUCACUGGAAAGAGGAUUAUCACUACUAUCAAGAUACGGACGGCUUCGAGUACAAGAUCCUGCUUGUACGCGUGGACAAUCCUCCCUACGGCUCUGCAAACUACAAGCCUGCCAAGAUCUUACCGGCAGCAGAGAAAGAAGAGAAGGAAGAUGUGAAGCAACAAGUAUCUCCCAACAACAACGACAUCACUCAGCAACCCGAAGCGAGCCGCCUGCUGUCCAUCAUCACCAAGCCAGCCCCAACACCAGAGGCUCCGUACAACGGCGAGCUAUGCCCCCGCGGCAGUGACUUCUCUACCGCCAUGCGCUCAUUCCGCCACGCCUUCCGCGAUCUUACCCUCCUCUCUUGGGAAGAACGCUUCGACGACGACAAAACCCUCCAAAAAGCGCGCGCCCAAAUCCUUAACAUCGAGCCCUUCUGGUACGGAAAACCGAAAAUGGGCAUGCCAAUGGGCCGCCUACCCCAAGCACCAAGCAUGUACACAGGCACAACAACCGGCCUCGAAGUCCUCGGCGACAUAUCCGACACCUACAUCCGUGGUACCUCUCUCCUCCCCUCCAUAUCCUACCCCCUCACCCGCCACGGCAUAAUCGGCGGCCCCAUCCACCGCGACGCCGAAGACGCCCGCAAAGCCGAAGAAGCCCGUCUCCAAGCUAUCGCCGACGCGGGAGAAGUUGAAAAGAGGAAGGCAGGUCUAUUGCGUGCUAGGGAUAUGAAGGUCAACCAUAACCGACCCAUGUUUAAUGGGCCGAUGGGUAGACCUACAGUGGACGCGUAUGGCCAGCAUAUCAGUUAUAGGGGUGAUGGGGGCGUGAGUAAGUAUUCGGUGCCGAUGCCGGUAGGCGGUGGAGGGAAUGCUAAUAGGGGGUUUGUGGCGCCGGAGUUUGCGCAUUUGCUUAGUGGGAGUAAUAGGAAGAGGAGGCUGUUUCCGAGUGAGAGGCUGGAGUGA